CUGCUGAGACUGGAGGGAUGUAGCCACCCUGUUGUCAUGAAAGGGCUGUGUGCUGAGUGUGGCCAGGAUUUAACCCAGCUGCAGAGCAAGAAUGGGCGGCAGCGGGCACCACUCUCCACGGCCACCGUGUCCAUGGUGCACAGCGUGCCUGAGCUGAUGGUGAGCUCUGAGCAAGCUGAGCAGCUGGGCCGGGAAGACCAGCAGCGACUGCAUCGGAACAGGAAGCUGGUGCUUAUGGUCGACUUGGACCAGACUUUGAUCCACACAACAGAGCAGCACUGCCAGCAGAUGUCCAAUAAGGGCAUAUUCCACUUCCAGCUGGGCCGAGGCGAGCCGAUGCUGCACACACGCCUACGUCCUCACUGCAAGGAGUUCCUGGAGAAAGUCGCCAAGCUGUACGAACUGCACGUCUUCACCUUUGGCAGCCGGCUGUACGCACACACAAUCGCAGGCUUUUUAGACCCCGAAAAGAAGCUCUUCUCUCACCGGAUACUAUCACGGGAUGAAUGCAUUGACCCUUUUUCUAAAACGGGGAAUCUCAGAAAUCUCUUUCCUUGUGGAGACUCAAUGGUUUGCAUUAUUGAUGACCGAGAAGAUGUCUGGAAGUUUGCCCCCAAUCUGAUAACUGUGAAGAAAUAUGUCUACUUCCAGGGCACAGGUGAUAUCAACGCUCCCCCAGGGUCCCGGGACACUCAGAUGAGGAAGAAGGUAAAUCAGUCUCCUAAGAGCACUGAUCCUUCAGAGCUUGCGCUGUCCGGGAAGGACCCUGACGAAGGCAGGCCUGCUCCCAGAGCAGAGCAGAGCAACGGCCUUGGGAAGCCCUCCAUGGAGCCGAACGGCAGCACGGCAGGGACGGGCGGCUCUUCCAGUGGGGACGCACCCACCUGUAAGAAAGUGGAUGAGGGUGAACACUCAGCCCCGGCCCUGGGCACCGUGACAGGCGACAGCGAGCCGGCCGGCAGGAAGGAGCCCCUGGUGUCCUCAGAACAGGGUGGCCAAGUGUCACCAGAGCAGCAGUCUGCUCACGACACCCCAGGGAAUGACCUGGACUUUGACUUAUCUAGUGACAGUGAGAGCAACAGUGAGCUUGACGGCCACAGGUCGUCCUCUGCAUCCGAUAGUGACAGCGAGGGGAAGAGGGGGCGCAGAAAGCGUAGGGACAUCCAGGAGGAUGCAAGCACCCGCCCUGGAGCAGAGAAACACAUGGGAGCCAUUCCCUCUGGCGUGUGUGGGCCCAGUGUCCAUCCACAGGACAAAGGCCCUGACCUGGAGGUGGCAGACGAGGGUGAGCAGGGCAGCCUCUGUGACCUGGGGAAUGGCUGUGUGGACCGCAAGGAGGCCGAGACCGAGUCCCAGAACAGUGAGCAGUCGGGCAUCACUGUGGGCGAGUCGCUGGACCAGAGUGUGGAAGAGGAGGACCAGGAGGACAGUGAUGAUGACGACCACCUGGUCCACCUGGAGGAGAUACUUGUCCGGGUGCACACCGACUACUAUGCCAGGUAUGACAGGUACCUCAGCAAGGAGACAGAGGAGGCCCCGGACAUACGGAGAAUUGUCCCAGAGCUGAAGAGCAGAGUGCUGGCCGACGUCACCAUCAUCUUCAGUGGCCUGCACCCCACCAACUUCCCUGUGGAGAAGACCCGCGAGCACUACCAUGCCACGGCACUCGGGGCCAGGGUCCUCACCAACCUCGUACUGAGUCCCGACGACCCCAACAGGACCACCCACCUGAUUGCAGCCAGAGCUGGCACCGAGAAGGUACGCCAGGCCCAGGAAUGUAGGCAUCUGCAUGUGGUGAACCCCGACUGGCUGUGGAGCUGCUUGGAGAGGUGGGACAAGGUGGAGGAGCAGCUCUUCCCUCUCAGGGAUGACUCCACCAGGACGCAAAGGGAGACCAGCCCCACGGCCUUCGCCGACAGACAGAGCACCUUCCAGGCGGCCUUGUUCCACCCCACACCUGUCCACCCCAGGAGUCCCCCUGGGCCUGAGGCCCGCAUCUAUGACGCCAGCACCGGGAAACUCAUCAGGAAGGGCACCCAGCCCAUGGCGCUGCCCCCGUAUGCGCAGACCCCCGCACCACCUGCCUCACUGCCAGCCCACGGGGAGCAUUCUUCCUUCAGAGUUGUUCAGCCACACCAACAGCAGAUGUUUGAUGAAGAGUUGCGUGGCACUGCAGACGCGGAGCGGCCUGGCCCUUCUAGAAGAAAACGGCAACCCAGUAUGUCAGAGACUAUGCCGCUGUACACACUUUGUAAGGAGGAUUUAGAGAGGAUGGACAAAGAGGUGGAUGACAUCUUAGGAGAAGGCAGUGAUGACAGUGACAGUGAGAAGAAGAAACCUGAUGAGGAAGAGAAGGGGAAGCCACUGAGCAGGGAGGCCGAGGCCCUGGAAGCUGAAGCAGAGCCAAAGCCCACGGCCUCCUGGUCCAGCGAGCAGCGCCUGGCAGGUGGCAGUGUGCCCAGGGGCCACAAGAGGAAGCUGAAUGAAGAGGACGCAGCCAGUGACUCCAGCAAGGAGUCUAGCAAUGAGGAUGAGGAGGGCAGCAGUUCAGAGGCUGAUGAGAUGGCCGCAGCCCUGGAGGCUGAGCUGAACGACUUCAUGUGA